AUGAGAUUCAAGCCACUCUCCCACACCACCAAAUCCCUCUUCCUUCAACCCCCAAGCCAACCGAACAAACCCUUCACCCUGAACCCAAAACCUCUCAAAUUCCCAUCAAUUCACUUUCCGUCGCCGUCACCAUCGAUAUCGUCGUCAUCCUUCAAAGCCAGACCAACAGCGGCAGAACCCAAAAGGGGGAGCUUUUAUGAGCUUCUUGGGGUAUCAGAAGGAGGGAGCGGUGAUGAGAUCAAGAGAGCAUACAAACAACUGGCGAGAAAGUAUCACCCUGAUGCCUCCCCUGGUCCUGAGUUGGCUGAGGAGUACACGAGGAGGUUCAUUGAGGUGCAGGAGGCUUAUGUGACUCUCUCGGAUCCUCGACGGAGAGCUGUUUAUGACGGGGAUUUGGCUCUUGGACUGCAUCCCGCAUUCUCAACGAGGAGGAGGUCUGAUGAGGAACUGGAGGAGAGGUCCCAAUGGAAGAGUAGAUGGCAUGAUCAGGUAACCGAGUUGAAGAGGAGGAGCACGGACAAAGGUUCCGAAGAAAAUCUUUCAUGGGGAGCUCGAAUGAGAAGUCAAAGAGCUAAAUCAUCGACAUAAUAAGUGUUGGAUGUUUUGUUGGAAAAAAGGCAAUUGUGCCUUCAUGAAUAGUAAUGAGUUUUGUAAUCAAAACAUGUUUUAAUUAGCAAAUAAAAAAUAAGCGUAAC